AUGGCCCAACACGGCUUCAACCAGAUGGGUGGCGGACACAAUGGUGGAAGCAUAAACCCCAACGACCUCGCUAUGUCAGCAGGAAACUACAACUCUUUCCAGAACAACUACAACUCCAAUUCCAACGGCGGCACCAACGGCUUCUCCAGCGGCUCCGCUCUGUUCGGCGAUGACGAACUGCUCGAUGGCUUGACCAAUCCUGCCGACCAGCAGGCGGGCAUGCAGGCCAACGGCCAGGACUUCGGAGGAAUGAACGAUAUGAGCAUGAGUGGCUUUGCGCCCAGCGUCUACGCCACCCACGGUCUUCCCCUUGACCAACAAAUCAACGGUUACUCCAACACACCCGACGGAGACCCGAUCCAGAGCCCCUUCGUUCACAGCUUCGGGCAGUACCGCCAGAUACAACACCCGCAGGCCUUUGGCAGCUCUCUGCAAUCGCCGGGGUCCUACGGAGCAUCACCACUAGGCAACGCCGAAUACAACAACGAUGGAACGGACCCCAACUUCCUCAAGGCCAGGGCGCGGGUCGCCCAGGCAAUGCAACGCAAGCCUUCCAACAAUGCCAAUCCGUUGACGCCCAAGACGACACCGAUGGCCUCGCUCAACAUGAGCUCUUCCGAGUCCUAUGGCGCACAGCCGAUACGAACAACAAACGGAUCGCACCACGAGAAGUCCCACUCCGGACAGUGGGUAGGCACGCCCAAGAGCCUCUCGUCCUUCCCCGGCUCUGGCUUCUCCUCGCCCAUGCAACAAACCAUGCACAGCGCCCAGAUCAACGAGAUGCUGCGCGGUGGCACCUCUAUGCCAGCGAAACUCGGUGCGCAGAUGUCCUCCACUCAAGAAGCCAAGAGGAAACGGCGCCGAGAGUCGCACAACCUUGUCGAGCGCCGGAGACGAGACAACAUCAACGAGCGCAUCCAGGACCUCAGCAAAUUGGUACCGAUUCACAGAUUGGAGGACGAGAAGAUCAAGAAGCUCAUUACCAGCGGGACUCCCCUCUCUCCGACCCUUUCUGGUAUUUCCAGCCCUUCACAAGCAACUUCAGGGCUCGCAGGUCCCGGCGCAAGACGAGCUACUAGCGGUGCCACUGGGAACAUCACUACAGGCCUGCCGGUCGAGGACAAGGACAAGGGCCCCAACAAGGGAGACAUCCUGAACGGAUCUGUCAGCUGGACGCGCGAUCUGAUGUGGAUGCUGAACCUGGCAUUGCAGCGCCAAGAAGAGCUUGUCAACGUCAUUGUCAACGAUUACGGCGGCACCGUCCCAUUCGAGACUACCGAGGACGAGAAGAGGAUGACAUCUGAGCUUUUCGACGCCAUGGCCCGGGCCGAGGAAGACGGCGACAAGAACCGCUUCACCUACUCGCGUUCUGCCGGGACGGGACUCAGGGUUCCACAUUACACUGAUAUCCGAGGCGAAUCGCUGAGCGGGGGCAACUCGAACGAGGCCGUGCCAUCGCUCAGUCUCGAAGGCAACGGCGUGGCGUCCGGCGAGUUCGUCGACAAUGACCAGUACCUGGACUACGAUGAUGACGGAGGCCAGCUCGACUUCAAAGAGGAGGACGAGUACAUGCUGGAUCUUCAGUGA